ACCAUCUUUUUUCCAUCAACUCCAUCUCCGUCACCUCACCAUCACCACCUCCACAACUACCACCAACCGCUCCUCACCACACAUAUCGCCAAUUCAAAUUCACUCCAACCAAAACCUCACCAGCACCCCAAUACCCAAACCAAAUCAAACCGACCCACCAACCAGCAAAAUGACCACAAAACCGCACAUCGCCCACACCCUCCUCACCCGCGCCCACUCCCCCGACACAGCAACAACGCUCUUCACCGAACGCAUAAAACAAAAGCCCCUCUACGUGCGCCCAACCUCCCCCACCCCCGCCGACAACCGAUCCCGACGCCGCCUGCACCGUCUCCGCAAAAAGACCUACUUCCUACGCAAACAAAAGCCGCAGCCCCUAACGGCGCGCGAAAAACGCAGUACCGGCGUCCACGCCCUCCCCAAGGAAGAAAUCAAAUAUGCCAUCUUCCAGGAACUGCAUGGCAUGUGGGUACGGUAUAUGCAGGAGAUGUUGGAACUCGGGGAGAAGAAGUUCAAGCCGCCGAUGAAUCCGACGGCGCAUGGGAGUAAACUUGUCAGUGCGGAUUUUCAUGGCGCCGAGGUGGAGGUUGUGAGGAGUCGGUGUGAGGGGAGGGUGGGGGUUAGGGGCAUUGUGGUUAGGGAUACGAAGUUUACGUUUGUGGUUGUUACCAAGGGGGAUGAGGUUAAGACUAUUCCGAAAGAGCAGACGAUUUUUCGCUUUACUCUGCCUUUGCCGGUGUCGGAGACGGCCAUGGAUGUGGACGGGACAUCUGCGACGGAGGGUACAGGUGCUGGCAAGGGGAAGGAGCUUGUGUUUGAGCUUCAUGGCAGUCAGUUUCAGAAUCGGCCUGUUGAUAGGGCCAACAAGAAGUUCAAGUGGAGGAAUGUGGAUUAUAUUUGAAGGUGGGAAGACUAUCAGAAGGAUUGGUGGAUCACUCUAUACGAUAUAAUGAGGGUGCCCAGUCUAGGAGACUGACCUCUACAGCUGGAUUCUCCGCCCAUACUCAUAUCACUGAGGUGGCUUUGGGCGAAGAAGUGCACUGUCGAUACUGACAUGCGUCGGGCAUAGGCUCGUGUAUCAAGCUGGAGUGCUUUGGUACAGCUCACCCAUUGACAAGAAGCAUGCCCGAUGCCGACACAUCGCAGUCUCCGCGUCGAUGGGUCUCUAGGAGAAACGAAGUUCUCCCGCUACAGAUGAAGACUUGCUGUCUAGAGACUUGAAUAGAUGGAAGGUCGACAAGUUAGUCCCUGGAUCAACAAGUUGGCGACCGACGCUACGAGGCAUGACUUAAUA